AGCAGCUUAAACCCAAACCAACAACACAGCCAGCUCCAGGAGGAGAAAGCAGCAUGUCGGGCCAGGGGCUGUCAGCGCUGAGCGGGUCGGAGGAAGAGGACUCGGCUCUGGGAUAUUACGAGGACGAAGACGACGACCUGGAGGCGUUUUCAGACGCGGAGCUGGGCUGUGAGGACGGAGUGUUGGGCUUCAGUGAUUCUCUGACUGGAGAGGUCAAACCUCGCAUACUGCUGAUGGGCCUGAGGAGGAGUGGGAAGUCCUCCAUUCAGAAGGUGGUUUUCCAUAAAAUGUCCCCCAAUGAGACCCUGUUCCUGGAGAGUACCAAUAAGAUCUGCAGAGAGGAUGUCUCCAGCAGCUCCUUCGUCAGCUUCCAGAUCUGGGACUUCCCUGGCCAGAUCGACUUCUUCGACCCCACCUUUGACUAUGAAAUGAUCUUCAGAGGCACUGGAGCGCUAAUCUUUGUCAUUGACUCACAGGAUGAUUAUGCGGAGGCUCUGAGUAGACUACAUCUCACAGUGACCAGGGCCUAUAAAGUCAACCCUGAAAUCAACUUUGAGGUGUUCAUUCACAAAGUGGAUGGCCUAUCAGAUGACCACAAGAUUGAGAAGCAGAGGGACAUUCACAAAAGAGGCAACGAUGACCUUGUAGACGCAGGCCUGGAACGAAUACACCUGAGCUUUUAUUUAACCAGUAUAUACGACCACUCCAUAUUCGAAGCUUUCAGUAAAGUGGUCCAGAAGCUUAUUCCACAGCUACCUACACUAGAAAACCUGCUCAACAUCUUCAUAUCUAACUCAGGUAUAGAGAAAGCCUUCCUGUUCGAUGUGGUCAGUAAGAUUUACAUUGCAACAGACAGCAGUCCAGUGGAUAUGCAGACAUAUGAACUGUGCUGUGACAUGAUCGAUGUGGUCAUUGACAUCUCCUGCAUAUACGGUCUGAAAGACAGUGAAACUGGUUUACCCUAUGACAAGGAGUCUAUGGCCAUCAUCCACCUGAACAACACUACAGUCAUGUACCUGAAAGAGGUCACCAAGUUCCUCGCCAUUGUCUGCUUCCUACGCAAGGAAAGUUUUGAGAGAAAAGGACUGAUCGACUACAAUUUCCACUGCUUCAAGAAAGCCAUCCAGGAAGUUUUUGAUGUUCGAGUAAAGGUUCAACAGAAUCGUAAACUUCUUAGUCAAAGGAGGUGGAGUAAGCUGACUAUGAACAAUGGAGGGCUCAACAACCCCCACUGAGGACUGGUGGUGUCACAUCAGACAGCUGAAUGUACCUGUGCUACACCUGACAAAUCCAGGAGACUCCAUCCUCUUUCAGAGGAACAAACCAUGUUUCUUCAUCUUGCUGGAAAUUGUUUGUUGGCAGCAGCAAAAAAUAUACAGGAAAUUUAAUUGAUUUUAUUCUUCCAACUCGCUGAGCUUAAAGUGUAAACAAAGAACUCAUAUGUAAACGUU